AUGCUGGGUAGUGCUCUACAGCACCCUGUUGAGACUGAUGGCGGAGAUGCAGGGGGUGAGGAACAGGAUUCCUACUGGCCUAGCAGUCCUCAUCGAGAGUGGCAGGGUGGUGGGCAGACCCGUGAUGAAACAGGCGAUGAUAAUGAGUAUAGGCCUACUGUAGCGGAGGUCGAGGCGGCGGCGGCAGAGGACUCUGCAGCGGGGGCGGGAGGGGACGCGAAUGUGGAGGAGGAGGUGCAAGAGCAGGAGGAGGAGGGUGCUGGCCGCAAUGCCAGGGAACAUGGAGGGGAUAAUGGGCGGGGAGGAAGGGGUCGAGGGGGUCGUGGGGGGGGACGGGUUGGUCGCGGGCAGGGUCGGUCUUCUGCGCGUGCGCAGGCCGUAGGCAAUGCAGGGGGGCGCAGUGGGGGGUAUGCUAGCGGCCCCCCAGUAGAUGGACGAGGUGGGGGGAGGGUUGGGAGGGUUGCGCAUAGUGCUGCAAGGGCUGGGCGCGGUGGCAGUGGUGGUGGGAGAGCGGCCGAGGCUGCGCCCGAUCCAGGGCCAGGGAAUGCACCCACUCAACGGUCCGAUGGUGUUGGGUCUACGCCGUUGCAUGCUCGUGGCAUCAGUCGGGGUGGUGGGACAGCGGGGAGUCGUGGGCCCAAAGGACCUAGAGUUUCCAACGAGCGGGGCCACCCCCUGGAGAGGAGGUGGGUCUACCCCUGGGAAGAGGAGAAUGAGAGACUGGCAGUAUACGCAGAGCAGGAGGAAAUUUGGCUACCGGGGGAAAGGGAAGAGCUGGCGGUGGAGAAGAAGCGGGAGGACUUCGACUGGCUAGAAGAGGCAAUUGAGAGGCAGAGGCGCCGAGAACGAGACGAACGGGAGUUCGGCUACAGCGACUUCGCCCUCAUGGCAGCAACGAAGGAGCCAGCUCCGGAGGAAGCAGGAAGCGAGCAGCCGGGUAGCAGCACAGAAGCGAGGGGGGGCAGAAUCUGCAGGAAAGAAAGAAGCAGAGCAGCCAGCACCAAAAGAGGAACAGCCAGAGUGGGUGAUCGGGGAGGGAGUGUCGGAAGCUGA